AUGGCGCCUCUUGUGAACGAAAUCCGCAGUUUUCUUCUGGGUCGACCCAUUGCAACGCUACGAGUGAUCCACGUCUCUCUGGGGUCCUAUUCCAUCAAGGAGAUACUUCGAGCUCUACCUUUUUGUGGAUACAAGUUUCGCGACGGUCCCUGGGAGGGAGCCUUGGUGCAGUUUGGUGUCGAUCCUCGGCUCAAGCCUUUUUGUCGCGUCUACCAGACACUUACCUUCAAGACAUCCUUGAAUCCUAUCGUUUAUUUCGAGAGUACUUCGGUCCCAGGCCUUGACACACUGGAAUUUCCACAAUUCUACCCGCCGACAAGUAGGGAAAGACAUAUGUUCGAUGGCAAGAUGUUCGAUCCUACAGCAGAUACUUGGCAGAUAUGUGAUCUGUGUGACCCCCAGCUAGCCCGCAUCGCGGCAACAACCGAUACGAAACUCCUGCCGACACAAGAUACGGGUUAUUUCAAAGUGGCUACCAUGGCAAAGCUAACAGUGAUCAUGUACGACAAGUUGAUUUGCAUCCGUGACCAAUGGCCUUUACACACAGAAAAUGAAUACGAGGUUCUUCUGGUCCUACCGGACUCAUAUCAGUGGAAGAAAGCAAAAAAAGGAAAGCGAUAUGAUCUGGAGCUGAAGGGAAUUUCAACCAAAUGGCAGCAAAACCUUUGGGGCAAAAUGAUACGUUACCUUUACGAGCAUUCACUAGAGGUAAAAAACAAAAACGGAAACAAAAGGGGGAGCAAGAGGACCAGAGGACCCGAUGAGUCUCCCAGCAGUACCGGCUUGUAG